UAACUUAUCGAUGUAACUACAUCAGAAACUCACAUAUCUAACAUAAACGUAAAUAAAAGAAAUGCCGCGAAAAAGAGUUAGAAGAAAGCUAAUUAAGAAGAAGCAGCGCCAGUAUCAGCGACAAAAAAAGGCAAAAGAACGCGACCGACUGGAGCAAGAAGCAGAGAACCAAAAACAAUCCGAUCCGGAGUACCAGAAAUGGCAAAAACAGCAGUAUGAACUGGAGGAAUUCCAGCGCCUAGCCUUAGAAAUGAAGCAACAGGAGGAGGAGGAAGCGUGGCUCCGUAGGGAGGCCAUCGCUCAACGGCAAUUUCGUUUAGACGAGGCCAGGAGGCGGCAAGAACAGUCAGAUGCGGAACGCCUGCAGGAGGAGCAAGCCAGAGAGCUGGCUGAACGAGAAGAGGCCCGAAGAAAAGUGCGGGAAGAAAACGAGCGUCAGAUCGCCAAGGCAAAUGCCGAAUUUGAAGCUAUGAUGCAAAACAUGCACGAGUACCUCAAUAACCCCCAGCUGGAGAAGCCCCCGAAACACCUGCUGCGCAUAAUGGAAACUCAUCCGGGCGAACGGGUUUGCGAACUCUUUUCCCGCACCAAUUGCUGCCGUUAUGGGCACAGUUGCACCUUCAACCACACUCGACCUAUGCUCUCACGCAUCCUGCUCAUUCGGCAUUUCUUUAGCCAUAGCCUGCUCCAGGAGCGAAGGGUUCACAAGGAGUACGCCUCCGCGGACGAGGAACUGGAACUGACUGAGCACGAUCUUCGCAGCGAUUUUGAUGAAUUCUUCGAAGAUGCGAUAAAGGAGCUAGAAAAGUUCGGCAGCAUCGUCAAUUUCCGGGCAGUGCGCAAUACCCUGGAACAUCUUAGGGGUCACGUUUUUGUAGAAUACGGCCACGAACGGUCAGCGUUACGAGCCUUUAUAAAUCUGCAAGGACGCUAUUACGCCUCUAGGCGCCUUAACGUGGAGUUCUCAAAUUUAAAAACUUGGCGUGGGGCAGUUUGCGGUUUGUCCUUAACACGAAAAUGCCCCAAAGGUAACACCUGUCUCUACCUGCACUUAUUCCGCAAUCCCAAGAAUCUGUUCAACAGGGAUCUGGAGAAGACGACUCCAAGAAGCGAACGAAAUUGCAAUCAGACUCCCACCGUCAGAACUCCUUCCGCCAGUUGGGACAGUCUAGAUGAGCCUAGUCGCGAUUGGCGCUGGUCGGAGAGUCCCGAACCAGAUCUCGAAAAUGCCAAGGAUCUGAGCAAUGGACGUCACAAAUCUCGAACAAGUCACUCAAAAAGAUCUCAAUCUGAGCAUCAUUCCCAGUCAAAAAGGGAUAGGAACUCCAAUCGGGACUGGAGAUCCUCAGGAUCCCGAUCCUCACAUAAUCACAGAUCUAGAAGAUCAUCUAGUAGUGAUUCGAAACACCGAAAAUAAAAGCCCAAGAAAUUUUGCAAUUCGUUUUUAUUGAAA